UCCUCCCGAUAUCCUAUUAAAGAGAACAUUUCUCAGUGAGCGAGCUCAGUAUCAAGUUUUGCUUUCGUCAGAUCAGCAUAAUCACCUCAAACCGCGUGGGUUUGUUGAGUAAUGAUUACAAAAUAAUUUAAAUAUUGAAGAUAAGUCGGAAUUCGUUAGCGCAUUGAAAAUGAAGAAAACUAAGAAAUAUUCUGAAAGUUUUCCUGAAAGGCCGCGGUUUAACUCGUUUAGUACCAUUAAUGAAAAGGAAGUGAAUGAUAUUUCCCUAGAAUUCUUCUACAAUCCGCACUCCAUCACCUUAUUGUUAUUAUCAAUAGGAGCAGUGAUUUAUUUUGCCUUUGUCAGAGACACCGAAGAUGUGGAGAAAAACAUUUGGGACGGCCUUCUUUGCUGUUCUUUCUUCUUCCUGAUAAUAUCCAUUUUAGCUUACCCCAACGGGCCCUUCACGCGACCCCAUCCAUCAAUAUGGCGCACAGUUUUCGGGCUGAGCGUUUUAUAUCUCUUGGGAUGCUUAUUUAUACUGUUCCAAAACACGCAAACUGUUAAUGGAAUCCUGCACUGGUUGGACCCCAGUCUCAAAGAUUUUCACAUCGACAUGGACAAAGAGUACGGUGUUAACUGUUCGGAUAUAAGUGUAGAACGUGUCUGGAGUCAUGUGGACGUUUUUGCUUUAGGCCAUUUUUUCGGAUGGAUGUUUAAAGCCAUUCUCAUUAGGCACAUGGGGAUUCUUUGGGCCACUAGUAUAAUGUGGGAAAUCACGGAACUGGCAUUUGCUCACUUACUUCCCAACUUCAUCGAGUGUUGGUGGGACGCCCUGAUCUUAGACGUUUUAAUUUGCAACGGACUUGGAAUCUGGUGUGGACUGAAGAUUUGCCGAGCCCUAGAAAUGCGAGAAUACAAAUGGGAAAGCAUCAAAGACAUCCAUUCAACCACAGGAAAACUUAAGCGUGCCAUGUUACAAUUUACACCGGAAAGCUGGACGUCGGUCAGAUGGCUCGACCCAAAGUGCUCUUACAUGAGGGUUUUCGCGUUCUGCGAGCUGGUGCUGUUCUGGCAAAUUUCGGAAUUGAAUACCUUUUUCCUUAAACAUGUUUUCGAUCUGCCCACUUCUCACUACCUCGUUUCGGCCCGCUUGCUUCUUAUUGGAGUUGUAGUUGCACCAUCAGUACGCCAAUACUAUUGCUAUGUUACGGAUACUACCUGCAAAAGAGUGGGCACUCAAUGUUGGGUGUAUGGCUGCAUAAUGGUGACCGAGUCCAUGAUUUGCAUCAAACACGGAAAGGAAUUGUUUAAGCUCACGCACCCACUCAAUAUAGUUGUCUGGUUUAUAGUUCAAUUCCUCAUGUCUGUUGUGUGUGUUGUAGGGUAUGCCAUUUAUCAUAAGUAUUGGUCGAAAGCAGGACAAUCAAAAACAGGGAAAAGGAAAACGAAUUGAUAUAAAUCAAGGAAAAUUGACUGUAUAAAUUGAGUGAUGAGUCUCGAUUGUGUUCCUUUAGUAGGUGUAAUUAUGUAAUUUUGAGUCUGGGAUUUUCUGUGAUAUGCUCCUUUUAAACACUGAGAUUUCCGUAAUUGGGAACACCUAACUGCUUAUCGCUCUUAACACAUUUCUAAGUAAAUACUGAAAUAUACCAAAGAAUAGCAUUAUUUUCACUAUAAACUUUGCAGCUUGUACUUCGUUAGCCUUUGGAUAAGUUUCAGUAAAACGCUUAGAGCUCGAUCUUAAUUUUCACUCAUAAUUAGUCCAUAUGCAUCAAUUAAUAUAGUACCAAUUGAGCUCGAAAUCUAAUUUAAAUAAGUUUCCAGAUUUUAGAUAAGUUAGCAAAAUUUUCAUUGUACUUUGUGCCAUAAAUAUCUAGUUGUAAUUGCAUAGGUAUAGAAAAUAAAUUGGUUUUAAAGUAA